AUGGUAAAUCCCACUUCCGACACCCCGCCCAACCUGGUGGAAUACAAGGGAGCACAAUACCACGUUGUUAAAGAAGGACUAGCGAAUAUUCUUAAUCCUCCUACACAAGAGGCCGCCUCCAAGGGAACCAAGAAAGAUCUUAAAGCCGACGAUCAAGCUCAGUCCGUGUUCUACAACCCAAUCCAACAAUUUAAUCGUGACCUGAGUGUUUUGGCCAUUCGCGCAUAUGGCGAGCAUAUCCUCGAUUAUAAAAAAAAGCAGAAAGCAGAUCAAAAAUUGAAGAAACAGACUGGCAAUGGAGAAAAUAAACGGAAGCGCGAGGACGACGAGACCGAAACCCCGAGGCCUGCUCCGAAGGCAAACAACAAGGAAAUCCCAGAAACCAAUGAGACAACUCCUCUCUAUGAGCAGCCUGCCACAACCGUGCAACCAUCUACCCAUGGCCAACCACCCGCGCCACAAUUCACCGUUCUCGAUGCUCUGUCUGCAACUGGACUGCGUGCUUUGCGCUAUGCCUCGGAGCUACCAUUCGUCACAAAGGUCGUAGGAAAUGAUUUGUCUGAGACGGCCAUCAAGUCCAUGAAACAAAAUAUCGAAUUCAACAACCUCAAAACUAUUCAACCCAAUUUGGGAGAUGCUCGAGCUUACAUGUAUGAGAAUCCCACCAAGUUCGAUGUGAUCGAUUUGGAUCCAUACGGGACCGCAUCUCCAUUCCUGGAUGCCGCAGUGCAAGGAGCUAAAGACGGUGGUCUGUUGUGUGUUACUUGCACCGAUGCUGGCGUCUGGGCCUCAACUGGCUACUCCGAGAAGGCAUUCUCUCUAUACGGUGGCAUCCCCCUGAAAGGCUUGCACUCUCAUGAAAGUGGUCUGCGAUUGAUUCUGAAUUCUCUUGUCAUGUCUGCGUCUAAAUAUGGAAUCGCCAUUGAACCUUUGCUGUCUCUGUCCAUUGAUUUCUACGCUCGUGUCUUUGUUCGGGUUCAUAGAUCCCCUGCGCAGGUCAAGUUCAAUUCUGGUAAGACUAUGCUUGUCUAUAGCUGUGACGCUGGCUGUGGUGCUUGGUCAACACAGUUCAUCGGUGCCACCAAAAGCAAAUUGGACAAGAAAGGAAACCCGAUAUUCCACCACGGCAUUAACAAGGGACCCUCGGCCAGUCCGCAAUGCGAGCACUGUGGCUCCAAGACACAUCUUGCAGGCCCCAUGUGGGGUGGUCCGCUGCACAACCCUCAUUUCAUUCAGAAAAUCUUGGAUAUGCUCCCAGGAGCUGAUCCUGAAGUAUAUCAGACCUGCGCUCGUAUCGAGGGCAUGUUGACAACUGCCCUUGAAGAAGAUUUGGACUUGACCUCCGCAUCGGAGGCUUCUAACCCCAAACAAACUUCAAAAACAAAGGACACAUCCGCAGAGUCCGCGAAUGCACCCGCAGAGACAGAAAACCUACAAAAUGCCGAAUACCCAGCCAUAAUCCCUCGAAUGGACGUCGCCACUCGUGAAAAAUACCCAUUCUAUUUCACUCUCAGCGCUCUCGCAAAAGUCCUCCACACCACCACCAUCCCAAUCGACGAAUUCCGCGGCGCUCUCAGCCAUCUCGGAUAUCGUUCAACCCGCAGCCACACUAAACCAAACACAGUACGCACCGAUGCCCCUUGGGCGGUGAUUUGGGAGAUCAUCCGCGAAUGGGUCCGUCAAAAGUCCCCCAUUAAGGAGUCCUCUCUGAAGCCCGGAUCCGCUGGCGCUGUAAUCAUGGCUAACAGCCGUGAUAACCUGCGCAAGCUAGACCACCAAGACCAGAGGCUCUCCCUCCUCAAACAGGAUCUGCUGUCCGCCGUCGAGGCCGGUAAAGAUAUCACCGACUUGGUUACGAAGGUUGAGGCUGCCCUCUAUCGCUCUGGAUCGCAAGGCUCGGUGCAGCGCAUCGCUUCUGCUCAAACUCUUCCCGACGUUGCUCAUUCUGAGCCGGUGGAUCAGUCGGCGAAGGAGCCUGCUACUUCCCAGGCUUCGAAGCCACCUCAUCCCAGUACCCUUGAAGUGGUCUUUGAUGGUGAUCUUGGUCGUGAGGUUUCUGCCACGCAUACUAAAAAGCGACUUGUGCGAUACCAGCUUAAUCCUCGUGCUAACUGGGGUCCUCUCAGCCGUGCGGGUCGUUAA